AUGGCUGAUAUAAGUAAUAUUAUUACAUCAUCUACGAUAAUUGAUGAAAUCAAGAAUAAUAUUAAUGAUCUAAAUAAUAAUAAUGAUAAAAUCGAUGAUAAUGAUGAUCAACAUAUUAAAUCUAAGAUAAUUAAAUGUAAAACAAAUAAUCAACAAAGUCAAAUAUCUUCUUAUAAUAUAUUAACAUCAAAUGGUUCAUCAUCAACAACAAUUCGUUCAAUUGAUGUACCAAAUGAACAUACAUCAAUAAAACUACAUAUACGACGUGUUUGUUCUCCGUCAUCAUCAACAGAAACAUUAUCUAUACAUCCAACAACAAAUCUUUUAUUUCAAUCUCAACAACCAAAUGAAUUGAAUGAACAAUUGACACCAAAAAUUAUUCCCAAACAAUUUUUUAAUACAACUACAGAAUCAACGACAACAUCAUCAUCAACAACGACGUCAACAAUUCAAAAUAACAUUCCACGUCGAGUGAUUUCAACUAGACGUACAUCAUUAAUUGAAACUGAUUUUUCUCAUAUAACGACAUCACUUCAGGAACUUCCAAAACCAAUAAUACAUAAUCAUAAUAAUAUAUAUGAUGAAAAUACAUUAAAAAAACAGACAACUAAAACAAAUGGUUAUAAACGAAAAUCUCAAAAUGAACAACAAGAAAAGAAACGACAGAAAUUAACAACUAAAACAAUCAAACAACAAAUAAAUAAUACAAAAUCUGCUAAUUUACUUGUUCAAACUCGUUCAUCAUCACGUUUAAAACAAAAACAUCAACCUACAAAUGAGCAUCAAUUAUCUACUAUAAAACGUCGUUUAAGUACAGAACUUGUAACACCAUCGACAUCGGAUUUAUCGACUUCAACAGAUAAUAAUUUACAUAAUGAAUAUAAAUAUUUAUAUUCAUCUACGAUAAAAUCACAAUCAACAAGUGAAUGUCAAACAACAGAUGAUAUUAUUGAAAUCUUUCAUCAAUCAAUUCAAACAAAUUGUUUAGUUAAAUCGGAUAAAUCAACAUAUACAGAUUUUCUUGAUCAACAAUUAUGUGAAAAUAGUACACAAACAAUACAAAAAGAUGAACAAGAAACUCAAACAACAAAUUUAAAUUGUCCAAAUGAUUCUCAAGUUUAUUUAUGUCAAACAACAACAAGUCAAAUACAAUGUGAUGGAAUACCAAUAAGAAUAAAAUCACCAUCACCUAUAACAUCACCUAUUCUUAUGAAUUCAUCGAUUAAUCAACGAUUAUCAUCACCAUAUAUUGAUUUAUCAAUAACAAAUAGUAAUAAUGAUCGUUUACAAUUAUUUCAAAAUCUUAUACAUACAGAAGAACAUCCAAAUGGUGGUGCAAGUCUUAUACGUACAUAUUAUAAUGAAUUUGUACGUUUAUCCGAAGAAAAUGCAAAUUUAUUUGUUAAUUAUUUUUUUAAUACUGUUUAUGGUGAAUCUAAUCAACGUGCUAAAUAUGCUAUUGGUGUUUUACAUGAUGGAGCAAGAUAUUUACCUGAUCUAAUAGAUUAUUUUAGUUUAACAUAUCCAAAAAUGAUUGUUAAAACAACAAAUAUGUUAAAUUCAAAAGAAGUUCUUACAACAACUAUGGGAGAAUAUAGAAAUCGUGUUGUACAAACAUAUUCAAAUGGAACAUUUCGAUAUGGACCAUUAAUGAGUAUAUCAUUAGUUGGAAAAGUUACUGGGCGAGAAGAAUGUGGUGAUUAUUUCCCAAUAUUUCUUGAUAAACUCGAAGAAAAUCCAUUUUUACAAUCUGUAAUGCCUUGGGGAACAUUAGCAUCGGAAAAUAUGAAAUCGAGAACAGAUUCAAAUGAUGGACCUAUUCUAUGGGUUCGACCAGGCGAACAAUAUGUUCCAACGGCUGAACAUAAAAGUUGUCAUCCGAAAAAACGUAUGGCAAAUGAAUUACGUAAUUUAACAUUUACUGGACGUGGAACUGAUCCACGUGAAGUACUUGUUGAAGAUCGUACAAGACCACAUAGUGAUCAUUGUGAUAGUGAUGGAUUGGAAACAACAGCAGCUGUUGGAAUAUUAAAAGCUGUACAUGUCGGAACACCAUCAUCUGUUAAUCGAAUGGUAAAAGAUGUUGUAUGUUUUCAUGCUGAAGAUUUUGAAAGAGUUGUUGAACGUUUAAAAAUUGAUUUGUAUGAACCACCUGUUUCACAAUGUUUACAAUGGUGUGAUGAAGGUAAACUCAAUCAAUUACGUCGUGAAGGUAUCCGAUAUGUUCGUCUACCGCUUUAUGAUAAUGAUAUUUAUUUCAUUCCAAGAAAUGUCGUUCAUCAAUUUCGUACAUUAUCAUCUGUGACAUCGAUAGCAUGGCAUGUACGACUUAAACGUUAUUAUCCAAAUGAUAUAUCUGAAAAUGAAUAUACUCCUUUAUAUAGUCCAAUUUCUGAUACAUAA